AUGGGCUCAACUACUUCAGCUAAAGUUUAUGAUGCUUUGAUUAUUGGCGGCGGGGUGUCCGGGCUCGCUGCGGCACUCACCCUGGCUCGUCAGCAGCACACAGCCGUCGUGCUAGAUUCAGGAGCCUAUCGCAACGCACCGAGCCCUCACAUUUACAAUAUCCUGACGUGGGAUCAGAGUGAGCCCUCGGAAUUUCGUGCAGCAGCUAAGAAAAAUAUGCUUGACUAUUACUCCACCAUUGAGUUCGAAAAGGCAUAUGUGGUAUCUGCCCAAGAAACAACGGGCAAUGUCUCAUCACACCAAACCUUCACAGCUUCCAGUAGCGACGGCAAGCAGUGGUGUGGGAGGAAGAUAAUACUUGCAAAUGGCGUGCGCGAUGUCUUCCCGGACAUUGAAGGCUAUGCAGACUGCUGGGCGAAAGGCAUCUAUCAUUGCUUCUUCUGCAAGGGUUAUGAAGCGCGAGGUGUCGAAUCAGCUGGCAUUUUAGCGAUUCCCGAUAUAGGGACUGUUCCAACAGCUCUCCAUGCAGCUCGCACGGCGGCUAGGUUCACCAAGUCCAUCACGAUCUAUACACACGGCUCCGACGAGCUGAAGACUGGCCUUCAAAAAGCACAAGGUGACUAUCAGCUGUUCAAGACCGACAGCCGUCGAAUCAUCCGUAUCGAAAAGGGCCCGGGAUUCGCUGAUGUCGUACUGCACUUUGAAGGAGGGGAAACUGUCACAGAAGGCUUUCUUGGACAUAAACCCCCGACAGAAGCAAACGGUGACUUUCACAAGCAGCUGGGUCUAGAAAUGAAUAAGAUGGGUGAUCCUGUCAUCAAGCCCAUGUUCUGCGAGGCAUCGAAAAAGGGCAUCUUUGUUGCCGGAGACGAAGCUUCGCCCAUUAAAAUUGCUAACCAGGCCUUGUUCUCAGGCUCAGCGGCUGCUGCAGCAGUCUGCGCCCAGAUCCAAGCCGAGGAUGCUCAUCAGCCAUGUCGUGGAGCACUGGUACUCAGGGAGAUAAUGAUGUUUCAGAUCUCGAGAAUUGGAGCUUUGUCAUCCCGCCCAAAUCAGAUGAACGGGUACAGGGCCGGGGUCAUCUCUUUGAAGUAUUGUUUCCUCUUGAUCCUGAAAUUCAUGGCGAUACCAGUCUCAGGCGAAGAGGAGCAAUUCAUCGCCCUUGGGCCAGUCUCGAUACCGAAAGUCGCAGGCAUGACCUGGAAAGCGAUCUGCUGGCUCCCACCUAUGGUCUUUGAAUGA